UCUGAUUUACCUCCCAACGUUUAAACGGUCGUGUAAGGUCGUCUUUAGGUUUGGGGCCACUCUGCGAACUUGCUUAGCCUUUCCUCUCUUGGAAUGGCGUCUCCGAUUGAAUUCGCGGACUACGAAGAAAACCUGAUCGUGGCGCCGCAACUUAUUGGAAACCCCGCAGACUAUGGAAUCACUGACGAUGAAGAAACCGAAGGUGAAGACGAAGACGAAGACGACGAAGAGUACGUUCCCGGUGUGGCCACCCCUAGGGUUUCGCAUGACACUCCUCCAAGCGUUUCAUCCGAUAACGUAAUUGUUAUCCCCGACGAAACACAGGAUUGCGUGGGAGAGGAGAGGAAUAAACGCCGUAGGUUCGAAAGAGGCGGGGCUUCUUGUUCCUUCGCGACUGGGAGCAGCAACGGUAGCCAAGAAAGCGACCAUACCAACAUUGAUGGUCUUUUUUGCCCUAUUUGCAUGGAUGUUUGGACCAAUAACGGCGAACAUCAUAUCUGUUGUCUUCCUUGUGGACACAUAUAUGGCAUGUCUUGCAUCAAAAGAUGGCUUCAACAACGCAAAAGUUCCAGCAAGUGUCCCCAAUGUAAUAGGAAAUGUACGUUGAAGGAUGUGAGGAAACUGUUUGCUUCCCGAGUAGUUGCGGUCGAGGAAGAAUCUCAGAAGAGAAUUCAGUCACUUGAGGCCAAAUGUGCUGCCCUUGACAGUAAGGUCAGUGAUUGGUGCAAGAAAGAAGAGGGAUGGAAACUUCGAGAAGUCACCUUGCAUUCUCAGGUUCAGACUCUUACACAGAGAAACACUUAUUUGGAGCAGCUGCUACUAGAUAUGCAGAGCAGGGAAUCUGCAUCGAUAAGUCACAAUGGAAGCUCUCAGGGGAGAUGCGAAUCUGAGCACAACAUGGGCCCAAAGUACUGUGGAAAGGGAUCCAUUUGUAAUUUUGAAUUGCAGAAAGAGAUUCAUCUCGAUGGUGCACGCAUUUUUGAUAUGGACAUUUCUAAUCAAAUUUUAUUAAUCGCACAAAAGCCAAAGGAAGUAGGUGGAAUGCACUUGCUAACUAAAAUGAGCUUGUUGUCUCCAUCUGAGAUGCAAGAUAUCUUACUGCCUUCUGCUACAAGUGGUGUUAAAGACCUUCAUAUUUCUCCUUCUAAUAGUAGUAUGGCUCUCUUUUCUUCAUUGGGGAAGAAACUAUCAGUGCUCAGCUUGGACAGUGGCAAUCUUGUUAUCAAUUAUGAUCUACAGGAUCCUGCAUGGUCUUGUUCGUGGGAUCUGAACAAUUCGCAUAACAUAUAUGCUGGACUACAGAAUGGUUCUGUCUUAGUGUUUGACAUGCGUCAAACUGUAGGCCCCAUGAAAUCUUUAGUUGGUUUGACUAAUAACCCUGUGCAUACUGUCACUUCUCUUACACAAACUUCAAGUCUUUCAUCGGGUGUUAAAACCAUCCUAUCGGCAUCUGCCUUUGGCCUUUGUCAGUGGAACAUUGAUUCUGAAGAACGGCCGCUUGUGGUUCCUGAAACUGAUAAUCAAGGAGUCUGCAUAUCCCUUGCCUAUUGCCCUAGCAGUGAUGACAUUGUUGCUUCAUACAGACCGAAAUUAAUGGAUGUGCCUCUAUCUCAACCGUUGGCCACUCCUCUUAGUGCUGGACAAGGAGUACAGGGCACUCAUGUCUUGUUCAAUAGAAUGGGUAGGCAUCAUUUCCAAAAGUUGGGUUCCUCCCUUGCAAAUGUGAGUAAAAUUCGACUACCAAAAUGUGUAAUUAUGGACAUAGAGAGUCAGAGCAGAUUGUUAGCAUCUUUGGAUGAAGUUACAUGUGAUUUGGUCUUGCAUGAGUUGCCAUCUUUUAGGCUUCUUCAGCAAUUCAAAAUUCCAGCUCAGGCCCGUGAUCUUAGGUACUCACCUAGACACGGCGUACUGGGUUGUCUAAGUGAGAACACGUUGCAGCUUUUCUAUUCCAAACACUCGUCGGUAAGGUAAUUCUAUGUUUCGCAAUUGCUCUUAUCACCGCAACCCUUUCAAGAAAGAAAGGGAUCAUUGGCUUUGAUAUCUUAUAAAUUAUUCUAUAUUUGAAUUUAACUGUCCUUAAAGUAGUUGGAAUAGUUAUUUCUCUGC